AAAUAACUCGAAAUAACACGUGUGGAGGGGUGCAUACGACAACGUUUCUAUAUGACUGGACAGUUUAUAUUAGUGGUUUCGUGCAGUUAGACGACAUAGAAGGUUAAACGUUAUGAUUAUGUUAUCAUAUGCAUAUGAAGCUUUAUGCUCUAAUCAGUGAAUACGUACUUAUUACUUUAGCUAGAGGUGUCAACGUGCACCUAGAUGUAAACAUCCACUUAUCACAGGGGAAUGAGCUAUUGGUGACAGACUUUGAUCAUUCUGAUGUCAUCUACAAGAACAGCACUCCUGAUGGGGAAGAUGGGAUUUGGAUCAUACUGCCAGCGAAGACUGCUUCAUCAAAUAACAAAAAGAAGCAGAGUAAUCAUGGAGCGUAAACAAAAUCUAUUGCGAGUUGUGGGCUUGCAUGUUGAGGCCCCUUCUGACACCUCAGUAGGAUCUAUUGAUUGUGACAGGAUCAAAAGUUUCCAACAGCAUGUUCCUGUAAUGGCAGAGAUGGUGAUGGAACAUCUCCAACCAAAAAAUGAACAGCUUUACAUUGACAUGACCUUUGGUGGUGGAGGUCACACCAGAAAUAUACUCUCUCACGCACCCAAGGCAAGAGUGAUAUGUGUCGAUCGGGAUCCAACAGCCAUCUCUAUAGCCCAGGAACUGGCCAAGAGCUUCAGUCCUGGCCAGAUCCUGACCUGUCACUCAAAGUUUUCACUGAUCCACACACUCCUGCCCGAGUUAGGCGUGACCCCCGGUACAGUGAAUGGUGUGCUGUUUGAUGUUGGGGCAUCAUCCAUGCAGUUUGAUGAAGGAAAGCGUGGUUUCGCCCUCAGUGUAGACGGACCACUGGACAUGAGGAUGGACCAAAGCAGUAAUAACAAGGAACCCACAGCAGCUGAUAUCGUUAAUAGUUUUGAUGAGCAAGAGCUGGGGUUCAUCAUCAAGAGAUACAGUGGGGAGAAGAGUGCCAUGAAGAUUGCUCAUGCCAUUGUGGAGGCACGCUCAGCGUUUGGUAGAAUCUCCCGUACACAACAGUUGGCCGACAUCAUUGCCAGUGCCUUCCCAGAAAUUUUACAUUAUGGUCGGAAGGACAAAUUAAAACGUUCCUCUCAUGUAGCUACACAGACAUUCAUGGCACUGCGGAUAUUCGUAAACAAUGAGUUGAAUGAGUUAAACAAUGGACUGGAAGUGGCGAAUCAUUAUCUCCGACCAGGCGGAAGAUGUGUGACCUUGACCUUUCACUCCUUAGAGGACCGCAUCGUUAAACGGCACUUUCAUGACAUAGAUUUGGACACUAAACCUAACCUAAGUCUCCGUCAAAUGAGAUACAACCAGGUUUCCACUGCUGAAAUGAAACAGAUUCUGAACAAAAAAUGGGAGCCAAUGAGCAAGCGGAUUGUUGUCCCUUCACCCUCUGAAUGUGAAAGUAAUCCACGUGCACGGUCUGCCAAGCUGCGUGCUGCUGUCAAAAGUUAAAAAGAAGAAAAAAAAAGAAAGUUGAGAGAAGAAAAAAGUAGAAGUGCUAAGUUUGAAAAUGCUCUUUUCAGAGGAACCGUUAAAUAUUUUGUUAAAAAACGAAAAGAGAGUAUUGUGACUACUAGCUGAAAGAAUAAAUAUAUUAACUGCC